AUGUGUAAAUGUAUUGGGGAUGAAUUAGAGAUGUACGAUUAUCAUGAUUUUUAUCCAGGUUGGGGAGUGAUGACAGUGGAUUAUCGAAUUCUAAUUCAGGAGUUGUUUAAGGUAGAGAAACGUGAAGUAGCGAGUUUUAUUAAAGAUGCGAGAGAUCAAUAUCAAUAUCAUAAAUUUAUGAUUGAGUAUAUAGGAGGCUGUCCACAACGAGCUACGAAGCUAUUCAGGUUCAUUUUGUCUCUUCCUAUGUGUGAAUAUGAAAUAGAGAACUGGGGUAGAUUAUCAAGUAGUGGUAACAAAGGAAGCUCAAAUAAUUAUACUAGGCAAUUUCCGUUUUUCGAGUAUGACUGUAAUUACCUGACAGAGAUGGAUAACGAUGAAGUUGCUAACACGAUAUUGGAGAUCAUUAAUAGAACUGAAAACGAAGCUUUAACAAGAGCUUUUACAAGAUUUGCUUUCCAUGAAUACAUUCUGAUUUCUCGCGAAAAACCAUUAGAAGAUCCUUAUAGGCGAGCAUUUCUUGGAUAUUUGAUUCAGCCCAUAUGCUCAAUGUUGAGCGUUGCGUUACAUAUCGAGACAAAGGUUGAAACUGAACGACCAACUUCGUGGUAUGGACCGGCGCCUGAUGGAAUACACUUUCAGACGCGAACCGACAUAGUUAUUAGUAGAGGGAACCUAGUGUAUUGUGUCAUAGAGACUAAAAAAUAUCCGUUAUUGUCCAAGUAUAAUGGCAAUCCACUAGAUGGUAUAAGAAGCCUUUUCGCGGACCAGAAGAAAAUAAUGAAGCAGCUUAUAUGCGAGAUGCUUUACUUCAAGACUGACAGAGGUAUUCUUACAGAUUCAUAUACGUCUGUGUUCGUGGAACUAGACCUUGACUCAUUUGAGCGCAAUGUCCACAAUCUGAGAGAUGUAAUAACUGACAAUGAGCCAAAGAUAAUACCAAUCAGGUACAUGAUUCGAGACUGUCAUUCAGCUAAACCUACGUUACGAGAAUCACUAUUAUCGUACAUUUAUAAUUCAGUAGAGGAAUAUUCACAAAUGUUAACCAAACAAGAAAGGAUUCAAAGGUUGGAGAAACAUCUAAAGCUAUCGGGGAAGACAUUGAUAGAGGCUGUUUCUAGUUAUGACAGCGAUGAUCAGUCUGAGGGCUCUGGAAGUCGUCCCGGCACAAGAGAUACAGAUGCCUCCACUUUAGAUCUGCCUGAGGGCUGUGAAAAUCGACCCAGUACAAGAGAUACUAAUGCAUCUACGUUGGGAUCUGUUCCUGAAGGCACAGGAGAAGAGAGAGAAAACAUGGAGGAUGAGAUAUCUAUUGAUAUAUCUAGGAUUAGCGAUGACCUAUACAUACAGGAUGGAGAUGAUUUCAACACACAGUUGAUUAAAUUAGAAUCUCUUUACUUCAAGAAGUCCUUACUAGAACUGGUCGAUGAUAGAGAGUUUGUAGUUGCAAAGGUCUAUGAUCCACGAAACAUGAAUAGAGAUCAAUACAAAAUCUAUACUCGUGGACAAAUGAGGUAUAUAUGUCAUGAAUGGCACAAUACGGAAAAAUCAUGCUAUUCGAUCUUAUCCAAAGAUACCGAGUUCAACAGUUGCUAUGUUCGUNAAGGUGUUGGUCAAAUUCUGAUUACAAUGGAAGAGCUGUAUAUUGCAAAGGGGUAUUUCAACUUAUUCAAAUACAUUGAAACGGUUUCGUUGCCAAAGGACCGGGAGACAUAUGAGAAAGCCAAGAAACAAUUGGAGAUAAUUCACCGGAAUGGAAUCGUACACAGGGAUAUUAGAGAAGACAAUAUUCUCCGUACAAAAGAAGGGCUAGUGUACAUCGUUGGUUUUGCACUAGCAAAAGCCAAAAUCAAUACUUAUGCUAGCGGGCUGGAGCAGGAUGAUUUUGAUAAGUUAAAAAGCGUGUUUGCUUGA